UUGUGAUCACACAGAUUCCUGCUGUAUUUCCGAGACAAUGGAGCACACAAUAUUGACACUCCUUGCUUUUAUCGGUUUUUCCAUCCCACCGGUCUAUCAAAAGCCGACAAUCUUGUUCUUCUUUGAGUCAAAGCCCAGAACCUUCACUGCUGCUCAACUCUACUGCAGACAGAUGUACACAGAUCUAGCGACUAUUGAAAACCAGAAUGAUCUGAAAAAACUUCAAACAAGCAUCUCAUAUAAUAUUGCAUGGAUCGGGCUGCAGAAAACGGAUCUUCCUCUCUGGCACUGGGCACUGUCUGACAGAGAAUUUUAUGAUGAGGGAGAGACUGAAUACAGAAACUGGUCACCUAAAGGGCCAGAUGUCCUCGAUCAAGACUGUGUGGUGAUGAGCGACAAGGGAGAGUUUUACAGUGCCUAUUGCACAAGUACCUUUUAUUUCAUAUGUUAUGAUGGAAACAACCUUCAGAACUACAUCCUUCUCUAUUUAUUAAGGACAUGGAGAGAUGCCCAGAGUUACUGUAGACAGUAUCACACAGAGCUGGUCAGUGUGAGGAACCAGGAAGAGAACCUGCAGAUCCAACAGCUGAUACCAAAAGGAACUCUAGUAUAUAUCGGCCUUUUUCAAGACACUUACGCUUGGUCUGAUAACAGCAGUUCUUCAUUCAGAAACUGGGGUUCGGGUCAACCUGAUAGAUAUGGGCAAUGUAUUGCAAUAAAUGAGAAACAUUUUUGGCGCGUCGAUGAUUGCAAUGUUAAAAGACCGUUUUUCUGCUAUGCCACGUAUAAGAAGAAUCAGAUUCUGAAAGUGGAGGUGAAAUCUGCUCUGAAUGUGAAUGAUCCCGCAAUGAAGACGGCCAUCUUAGCCAAGAUACAGCAAACACUGAAUGAACAGGGCUUUGCAGAAGAUGUCACUGUGACAUGGAGGAAGCAACAAGAUGAACAAGUCUUCCAGAAGAUGAAUACAUUUGUACCUAAAAGUAAUAACGGAAGCUCUUGCUCCUGAACUCAUCUUUGUGCUUGGAGCAAAAUUUCUGUAAAAUCAUUUAAUGCUUAUUUGGUUUUAGAGCACAUACUGUAUUUCUGAAUUAAUAAAUUAUGCUUAACAAUUUUACAAGUAUAUUUCCUUAAAUUAGCAGACACUUUUAAAGUUAUAAAUGUUAAUUGACUUAUUGUAAAUGUUGUUUUAGAGUUGUAGAAUUUCACUAUUGCAUUUGUACUCCUUAAGAAUAAACAUCUGUGUGAAGGUUAUUUUUCUCCAUUAAUCAACAUCUUAUGGAGUUUUGUGUUCCUUGCCUCAGUUGCCCUUCAGCUUGCUCACUGGGGUCUAAAUACAAUUAUUAUUUAAUUAUUAAAUUUGCAUGCACAUUUUACAAUCAUAUUUAAUCAAACUACACAAUGAUGACUGUAAGACUUUACAGAUAUUACAGUUUCAUUUUCUGUUAAUGCCGGAUCUUCUG